UGCAACAAUGAGCAUAAUCUCAAACAAGUACAGAGUUCUUGUUGUAUUUAUUGGAUUUUUAUGCCUGGUUUCCGUUUGCUCCAAUUAUGUGGUUAUGAACUUUACAUUUAUUUGCAUGAAAAAUGAUAUGAGCUUUACAAGAGAUGAUCGGGGAAAUGAGACCUCCCCAGUCAGUUUAUUCGAUUACACGCCCAACGAGAAAAAAUACAUAAUGUGGGCUGUUGCUGCGGGUACAAUUAUUGGAACUUUUCCGGUAAACUACGUGUUUGUCCGGUUUGGAGGAAGGUGGACAUUCUUCUUAGCUGGAGUCAUCUCGGUCAUCGCUACAACAUUGAUCCCACUGGCCGCGCAGACGUCGUUUCACGCACUUCUUGCCGCGCGGUUUUGUCAGGGACUUGCAUUUGCGGCAGACUUUGCGGCGAUUGGCUUGUUAACUGUCAGAUGGGCCCCACUAUCUGAAACUGCAAUUUUUCUUGGUGCACUUACUUCGUUUACCAAUUUCUCAUCGGUUUUAACAAAUGCAGUGUCUGGAGCGAUAUGUGAAGGAUUUGGUUGGAGGACCGCUUUCUACGCACAUGCCGUAAUGGGAUCAGUUUUCUUCAUACUUUGGGCUAUUGUGUACAAUGAUGAUCCAGAAAAGAAAGUUUCCGCUGAUGAGCUGAGGAAAAUUCGAAAAAACAAGUCGGAACAGCAUUUGAAAACUAAAAAUGUUGAAGUACCGUACAGGAAACUUCUUACAUCUCCAAUUGUUCUUUGCGUUUGGUUGAAUGCGUUCGCCGAAAUGUCGAUCAUUGUAUUCUUGCACACCUACGCACCAAUAUUCUUCAAUCGAAUUUUAAAGUUCAGUGUCGCUCAAACUGGAUUCCUUCUUGCACUUUCAGUAUUCAUUCCACUUCCAUUAAAACUUGUUGGUGGAAUUAUCAGUGACAAGGCGAAAUGUUUCUCGGAACGCGGAAAAAUGUUGUUCUUCAAUACGAUUUCAGUAGGACUCGUUGGUGUCUUGCUAGGAUGUCUUGGGUUCAUUCCUCAAUCGUUGCACUAUGUUUCAGUUGUUCUUUUUUCCGUGAUCUUUUCAUGUUUAUGUCUGAACGUGGCAGGAUUCUACAAAUGUGCGACAUUACACACUAGACAAUUCGCUCACGUCGUUAUUUCUACAAUUCAAUGGAUGAAAUCAGUGGCGCUAAUCACUGGACCAGCUCUAGUUGCAGCUAUUGUAAAAAAUGAAGAAAGUGUUGGUCAGUGGAGAACAGUUUUGUGCAUUCUUGGAGGUAUUAUGUUUGUGGCAAACAUCCUUGCUCUUUGUGUGUUUACUGACAAACCAGCGGAAUAUACAAUGGCAGAUGCUAAUGAAAAAACUGUCAAAUAUGAGGUGAACGCUGAGGAGCCUUGAUGAUUUUUGCCAGAAAUGUUACGCUCAAUUUCAUUUUGUUUUACUUCUAUUGAUCGCAAGUUGUCCCAUUUCUACAUUUAUUCUUUAAUCUGUCAUCUCAUUGUUGUCCUAUUUCAGAGUCAAUUUUCAGACUCAAACCAUCCUGAAUUUCACUUAAUUCCCAACUGAUUACGUGUAUCUACUGCCCGUUUGUUCCCUACUGCAUUCCAAUUUUUGCAAUGAACACAUUAUUGGUUCG